GCUGCCUCUGCUGCUUCCCUCUCUUCCACUGGCCUACUUGGCCAGACUAUCUUGAACAUUUAUCUUUGUCCAAGCCCUAAAUUCACAUAGAGGUAUACAGUACAGAAGCAAGCACUUCGGCCCAACUUGUCCAUGCCGACCAGGAUUCCUGGACUGAACUGGUCCCAUUUGCCUGCAUUUGGCCCAUAGCCCUUUAAAUCUUUCCUGUCCAUGAACCUGUCCAAAUGUCUUCUAAAUGUUGUAAUUGUACUCACCUCUACCACUUCCUCUGGCAGCUCAUUUUAUUAUGCACCCCCCUCUGUGUGAAAAGGUUGCCCUUCAGGUCCCUUUUAAAUCUUUCCCCUCUCACCUUAAACCUAUGCCCUGUCAAUGCCCCUCAUGAUUUUAUAAACCUCUACAAGGUCACCCCUCACCUUCCUAUGUUCCAGGGAGAAAAGCCCAGCCUAUCUCGCCUCUCCUUAUAGAACUCAAACCCCCCAGUCUUGGUAACAUUUUUUUUGCACCCUUUUUCAGUUUUUAAUAACAUCCUUCUUACAGCAGGGAACCAGAAUUGUACGCAGUACUCCAAUUGCAAUGUCACUAAUGUUUGAAACAGCUGUUCUUUGACAUCUCAACUCCUGUAACUCAAUGCUCUGACUGAUAUGCCAAACGUUUUCUUCAGCACCCUGUCUACCUGUCAUGCCACUCUAUUCAGAUACACUUUCCAUUGCCCUACCGUUAACUAUGUAUGUCCUGACCUGGUUUGUCUUGCCAAAAUACGACACAUCACAUUUAUCUGAACUAAACAUCUUUGUCCAUUCGGUGUCUGUACACACCGGUGAGUUCAUACAGGAGAGAGAGCAUUUGAAUCAGCUUGACAAGAACUGUACACGUAUAGUUGGUGAUGGUGCACUUGCUGUGGUCCCAACUCCGUCCAUCUGCUCUCACUGCAGGAAGAAGUUCGGGUGAUUGAGAAACCUGUAGCAACACUGGUGAGUUAACACUGGGGAGAGGUCACGCACCUGCUUCAUGUAUCAGAAGAGAUUCACUAAUUCAUCCGACCUGAUUGCACACCAGUCAGUUCACAAUGUUGGAGGAUCUUUCAAAUGGAUUUCAGCGAUUUUUAUCCAAUGUCCUGUCGAGCUGGUCUCCAAUGAACAUGUUCACAUUGAUAAGAGACUGUUCAGGUCCUCUCAUUGCAGGGCUGUGUUCAACUCACUGAACAUCAGCGAGUGCAUGUUGGGGAGAGGCCAAGUGUGGGCAGGGAUUCAGUCAGUCAUCCCACUUGAAUACACACAAUGUGUUUGCACCAAUAAGAAUCUGUUUCAAACUCCUUACUCUGAGCAGAAAUUUAAAAGCACGAUGUAUCUGCUAAAUCAUAAACACGUUCAUUUGCAGCAGUGUGUGCUACCUGCAAGAUGAAUUGCAGAAAUUCACCAAAGAUCCUUGGACAGCACCUUCCAAACCCACAACUGUUUCCAUCUAGAAGAACAAGGGCAGCAGAUAUGUGGGAACACUGCCACCUUCAUGUUCCAUCCAAACCAUUUACCAUCCUGACUUGAAAAUAUAUCGCAGUUCCUUGACUGUUGCUGGAUCAAAAUCCUGGAAUUCCCUCCGUAAUGGCAUUGUGGGUCAACCCACAGCAGGUGGACUGCAGCGGUUCAAGAAGGCAGCUCACCACCACUUUCUCAAGGGCAGCUAGGGACAGACAAUAAAUGCUGGUCAGCCAGCGAUGCCCACAUCCCAGAUGAAUGAAAACAUUCACACAGUGAGAGGCUGUUCACCUGCUGCCUAUAUGGGAGAGAUUCACUUAGUUAUCUUGAUGUCGGCACUGAGUGACUCCAUCCUAUCGUAAUUACUGCAGGUAAAGACACAUACAGGACAGAAUCAUGUUCAUUCUGAUAGCUGGUGUUUGUUUUUAUUAAUUUAACUAAUAAUCCCUGCAACUGGGCUGGAGGUUAAUAUCCUGGACAAAUGCCAAAUAAAUCAGCCAUGCGUUACUACACUGUUGUAGGUUUCUGUCUUUUCCAGCUGACUGUUGAUCAACACUUGACUGGAGCUCGAAAAGGACAACCUGGGGGUAGGAUCAUACAGCGGAAACUUGUCCGGACACGGUCCUCCAGGGUCACACUGAGAGGGACAAACAGCACUUUGGUCUUGCUCAUCUGUCUUCACUGACAGCAAAGUCAGAGUUAAUCCCGACGUGAGGGAGAAACAUAUCCCAGCUGUUCUCCUCCAUGGUUCACAGCUCCUAGGCACGGAACACAAGCUCCUUUACAACUGGGUUUAGAAUUAGCAAGAACAUCGGGGAAUGCAGUAAACAUGCUGUUAAAUCUGAGGUUGGGGUCCAACUGGGAUCUAUUUCUGACUGAAAGUGAAGCACCAAGUUUUAAGUUUCCAGUCUGAAAAUGCCAUUUUCUGCAAUUAUUCUGUGAAGAUGUAACAUGUUUACCUGCUGUGAGUAUGGGAAGGAAUUCACUCCCUAUCCCACCUGCCGUGACAUACCAGCAAAUUCACCCUGAUGAGAGAACUUCUAAAUUCCCAGACUGUGGGAGGUGCUAUAAAAUGUGUGGGGAACAUAUGCACCAUCGACAUGUUCAUGCUGACGAGAGACAGUUCAGAUAUUCUCUCUGCUGCGACUGGGAUUAAGCGAUCGCCUCGAUUCUGUGCAUCAGUGAGUUUACACUGAGGAGGGACUAUUCACCUGUUCCGAGUGUGGGAAGGGAUUCAAUCAGUCAUUCCAUUUGCUGAGGCACCAGCGAGUUCACAAGUAACUGCAGGGAUUGGAAUUUGCUGUUAAUCACAUACAGGACUGAAUCAUGUUGAUUUGCAUAUGUUUGUGCUGAUGUUGAAAAACUCCAGUCCACUCAGAGGUGUUAACGUUGUUGGUAAAACACAAAUAAAUCAGCUUUAUGUUAAAUGCAGCGAAUGCAUGUUGUUUUGAUAUAUUUGACUCAGGUCAGUUACCUUCUCAUCUGUCUUCAAUGUACGCCAGCACAUUCAAACUGGAGAAAAACAGUUCAUUGACUCCUAAUGUAAGAUUUGAUCAUUCUUCCACUUUACUGAGAUACAGGAUGCCUAAUUGGAAUUCAUCCAUUUGACCAGAAAUUCCUUUUAAUUUUCCGGUUCUCAACUUUAACCAAAUGGAAAAGAAAGUCUAUUCAGAUAUAAAUUCAAAGAAAUCCAAGUUAAGAAGAAAUAUAAAUUAAUACAGAGUUGUAAUAUAGAAUGUUGAAAUUAAUUUGUUCCAAUGAUAUAAGAGUAAUACAUCUAUACAGUCAAAUCUUUUAAUUUUUCUGUCUUGUUUUGUCAAAGCUUUUUGUCUUACCCUUAUCAGGACAAUUCACAAGAAUGCCAAAUCAAGGGGAAAGCUAACGUUUGCACUGCAUGAAAGGAGAGUGCUGAUUGGUUGGCAUGGGGACUUUCGUGAAGACAUUACUAAUCACUGAUAUUCAAAGAGGAUGUGCUGUGACAUCACCCACUCCCUGGAGAGUUCCUCAACCGUGAAAUUUUUCUCUGACUCCAGUGCUUCUGAUAUCAUUCCAGUUGCAGUCCUUGACCUUCUUAAACUGCUGGGGUUCGUGGAGUGAUGUGAUCCUGUAAUACUGUUAGUUUCACAGAGUGUUUGAAGAGGCGGGUUUGCUCUGUACAAACAGGUUCUGAUAGCAUCACCGAGGAGCCUGAAUUGUAUUUUGAACAUGGAAGGAAAAAGCACCAUUUCCAGUGGGGAGAAACCAUGGAAAUGUGGAGACUGUGGGAUGGGGUUCAAUUACCCAUCUGUGCUCGAAAGGCAUCAGCGAAGUCACACUGGGGAGAGGCCAUUCACCUGCUCGGACUGUGGGAAGGGAUUUGCUCGGUCUUCUACCCUAAUGAGACACCAAAGAGUUCACACUGGGGAGAGGCUGUUCACCUGCUCUGACUGUGGGAAGGGAUUCACUCAGUUAUACCACCUGCUGACACACCAGCGAGUUCACACUGGGGAGAGGCCAUUCAGCUGCUCUGAGUGUGGGAAAGGAUUCACUCAGUUAUCCCAUCUGCUGCUACACCAGCGGGUCCAUACUGGGGAGAGGCCUUUUAAAUGCCCUGACUGUGGGAAGUCUUUUAAAAGUUCCAGGGACCUGAUGCGUCAUCAACAUGUUCACACUGAUGAGAGACCUUUUAAAUGCUCAGACUGUGGGAAGUGCUAUAAAGGUUCCACAGAACUGAUAUGCCAUCAACGUUUUCACACUGAUGAGAGACCAUUCAGGUGCUCUCACUGUGGGUCUGGGUUCAGGACAUCUUCACAGCUCACUGUACACCAGCGAGUUCACACUGGGGAGAGACCAUUCAUCUGCUCCGUCUGUGGGAAGAGAUUCACUCAGUCAUCCAACCUGCUGAAACACCAGCGUGUUCACACCGGCGAGCGGCCUUUCACCUGCUUAGUGUGUGGAAAGGGAUUCAGUCAGUCAACCACCCUGCUGACACAUCAGCGAGUUCACACCGGGGAGAGGCCGUUUGCCUGCUCCGAGUGCGGGAAGGGAUUUGCUGAUUCGUCCACUCUGCGGGCACACCAGCGAGUUCAUACCGGGGAGAGGCCUUUCACCUGCUCCCAGUGUGGGAAGGGAUUCACUCAGUUAUUCCACCUGCGGAGACACCAGCGAGUUCACACCGGGGAGAGACCAUUCUCCUGCUCUGAGUGUGGGAAGGGAUUCACUCAGUCAUCCCACCUGCUGAAACACCAGCGUGUCCAUGAGGAGCUACAGUGAUUGGAUUUAGCUGUCAAUCGUAUUAAUCGCACAAUCCUCCAGAUUGGGGCAAGGAACAGUUUAAUAAUUGAUGUAUGUUGCUGAGUAUUAACUGAUUCACACAGCCAUGUGAAACUCUCUCUUCCUCAAGUCCUCAAACAUUGCAUAAAUUAUUACAGCUGAAAUGUUACGGUAUAAGGAGCAAAAGGUUUAAGGCAAAGGCUUUCCCCACAUAGAACCACACUGUUGAGAACACUUCUGAAGGCUCGUGUAGAGUGAAAGGAUGGUAAAGAGGAGUAGAGCUGCUUAGGAACCAGAAAGGGAAUUCACUCAAUGAAGCAGGUAACAUACAGAGGGGAGUGCAGUGAAGGGGUGGGAGGAAUGUCAGUUGGGGUGGGGUCAUGAGGAAAAGGAGGUCAGUUGGAAUAUUGGAUCUGGGUGUGGAUGUUGUUGAGUCUGCCAGGGCUGGGGUGGGUGUUUGGAGCAGUUGGGGGGAUGUCAUGUUGGUGGAUGGAGGUGUUUUUGAAUCUUGGGUGUCUUGAGGGUGUAGUUGAGGGGUCCAGUGAUGCGCCAGUUUAAAAAUUAUGAGUUCGAGCUGGUUAUAAUCUCACUUUUUCUGAGUAAUUAUUAUCCUUAAGUCAGUUCAGAUCUUGCUAACUCUCUCAGUCUCUGUCAGCAUCUCCAACAGUGCAGGAUACUUUCAGACUCUGUAUGUACCUCUGACAGUGCAGAACAUUCUCAGUCUCCGCGAGCGCCUCUGACAGUGCAAGACUCUCUUAAUCUCUAUCAGCACCUCUAAGUGUACAGGAGUCUGUUUUUCUGUGCAAGUGUUGGAUAAGAUUGCGGUACUUAGGUUUAAGCAGUGGAAUUUGACCUCACAACCUUCCAAUGCAGAGGUUAUAGUGCAAAUAACAUUGAAAGCAGAUCAAACAAUUGAACUGAACAGAAUGAAUGGGAGGAUUAGAGGAGAUUUGUCAAGUAAUUUAUUUGAUCCAGAGAGGUUGAACCGGUGGGGGAAGCAGAAAUUCCCAUUGGAUUAAAGAAAAAGAUAUUUGAAAAACCAUUUGAGGUAUUGGGAUGAUACCCAGCCAGAUAUUUAUUGAAUUUGAGAAAGAAACAGAAAUAUUGUAGAAUCAGUGAUUUUGUUCAUUGAAGCUAGAGUAAACUUGCGAAAGUGUGAAAAAACUCAUGAUUAUGGGAGAAUUCAGUUGCAUUCCAGUAACAAUUAAAUCCUACUUUUGCUUCAGUUCCGUACUUAGGAUGAGUUCUCCUAAGUACGGAACUGAAGCAAAAGUAGCUCGAGCAGAAGCAGAUGAUAUUUCUCACGGGCUGUGAAGUGGUCAAAUUUUGGCUCAUGGAAAAGCACAGAGUAGCUGGAGGAAUAAACAAGAAUAUGGUUUUCAGAAAAAGGCAGAAGCUUUUCCAGGUAAUACAAAGGAGAAUACAGAGAAUAUAAGUAAUGUUAGGGCAUGUAAAAGCGGAUUGUUGGAAGCAGAAUGGCGAAAUAGUGGAGUAAUAGGAACACUUCAAAACAGUACCAGAAAAGGAAGUUGGAUGUUAAACCAGUGGCAUUGAUGCACGUGACAGGAAUUUCCACAAAACUGGUACAAGGAGAAGUACUUGUGUGUCCUCAUCAGUAGCAGACACUAGUGAGAAGAGCCAAUAUCCAGUAAAAUUGCCAAAUAAGGUGCUUCAGUAGUUGGAAAGUACUGAGAUCUCAAAAUGAUCUUGAAGCGUUAAGUUCAGUUGACAGCAAAUCUGAAGUGCUUUCUUGUGUUCUGACAUAUAAUGACAGAAAUACUGUCGAGAUCUCAGUUACCAAAAGACCAUUUGAAACCCCAAGAAGAUUGGAAGGAAAUGGUUUGUUUAUUGUGUGGGAGCCAACAAGUCUUGGAAAGGAAACUCCAGUCCAGGACGAUGAGGCUGUGGAUAUCGCUCGGAAAGAAUUGAAUAAGGCAUCUUUAGAGUGGCAUCAGGAUAAAGUGAAAGAUCUCAAAAGUGCGCAGAAACAGAAUCCAGCGGGAAUACUCCAUACUUUCAUUGGAACAUGUAAGCACCUCAGUAACAUUCACUAAAUGGAAAGGAAUUUUAAUUAAGGCAAAGACAAAUUGCUACACGCAAAUAAGUUAUUUUGAUCUUCGUUUCCCUCCAACAAAGUGACUCUUUGAAUUUGGAAAAUGAAAUAAGGAUGAAUUUAAAACUACAGUUAAUGAAAACAAUGAUACUUGAUUUGUAGACUGAACUGAAACAUUCUUUGCAGAGUUAAAGGAAAAGUGUAAAGUAGGACUGAGAUGCUGAGUAAUGUCAGUGAAAUGAUUAUUAUUUGCUGCUAAUCCUUCUUGUCACAUGUAUUUGCUUUUGUUUGGGUUAAUCUUUUAUAGUUUUGUAAAUAUGCUGUACAUAAAUGUGUAAAUGAAAAAUUUAUUUGUACUGUCUGCAUUAAGCUAUUUGUUAAAUGUUUAUUAUAAGAAAUGUCAUAUUUUCAAAGUGUUUCUAAAGAAACUUCAGGAUGGUGAAUCUUUCCUUCUUCCAAUCAGAAAGCUGCGGUGAAUACUUUUCUUUGUAAGCAUUCUCUGCGCUGAAAGCCACUAUUCUGUCAAAGUGGCAACAUUAUAACAAUUCAGGGGUUACUGAUAAGCAGUUCCGAAUUCCCAAGACAGUUAGUUGAAGAAAGGCAGACUGGCAUGCUAGGAGUGCUGCUAUUUGGCUGUCUUGCAGGGAGGGGAUUCUCUGUGCUGUUAGAGUGAACUCUGGAAGAAAUUUUAGGGAUUAGUACACAGUUAACAGUUGGAGUAAGGACUCUGAAGAAGUCCUGGGAAGCUGUGGAAGUAGGUAGGUUGCUGGUUUUUUGUUGGGGAAAAUGUGAGGGGCUUCCAAGUAUUAGUCCUUCAGUGCAGCUGAGAGAGUGGAGGUUGAAAAACCCACAAACAGUAUUUGUUUCAUACAGCUGAGCAAGAUUCAGGCUCAGGGAAAGCCCAUGAACAUAUCAAGAUUGGUGAAAAGUUGGAAUUGUGCUCGUGACGAAGUGCGGAAUGUGGUUUCUGAGCAAAGGGGUGAGUGAACCCAGGAUAGGAGGGUGAUUGGCAAGAACAAGAACUUUUGUUGAAUAGAUUAUUACGGAAUGGGUCUUAAGGAUUUUUAAGGCCAGAAAAGCAAAAGUUAAGAGUUGCAGUCCUUUGUGAGAUUAAAUGAGAUUUAACAAUGAACCAUCUCAUUAACAUCUUGGAGAGGGUUACUGAGAAAUCCAUGAGAUCUGACUUGAUCAUGUUUUGUCAUUGGAUAUGAGCUGUGUAAUCGCAUUGUAUUAACCAUGUUUACUUCCUGUUAAUUCUGGGUGUUCAAAAUAAGUUGGACAUGUUUUGUAGAUUGUAUUAUUGUCCUACAAUAAAGACUUGUUCUAUGUUCAAAA